CCUAGAUGUCGCCGUAGAUGGCGUUGGGCCUAGAGUCUGGAGCUAAGAGAACAGAAUGGAAUGGAAUAUUUUUGUUGUUAGAAUGGUGUUGGGAAAAAAUCGUAGAAUUAUCUGGAACCAAUAGUCCCGGCCUAACCGCCGUCACGACAAGACAUGUUCGAACAAGUUCGGACCUUGUGAUUUUUUUGGAUCGUGUCUUGAAAAUUUCCAAGACUUUGCUCUCGAAUUAUAUCAUUAAUCGGAAACUGGCGUUGGGGCAUUACUCUUAGAGAGGCCUGUAGCCAAAUAUUGAAGGAAGGAAGGAAGGAUCUGGAACCAAUAUUGAGAGAGAGAGAGAGGGAAAAUAUUUUUGUUUAUAACCUAUUAGUGUUGCGUCUAUAACCUGUAUAAUCACAUAAAAUUGCGUAUCUUUCGAUACACAAUGGUCAAGUUCAAACAGUGAACACGUUGCGAAGAUAUACAGACAGCAGACCGGCUAUUAUUUUAGGAAUCGAAACGAGCUGUGAUGAUACCGGAUGUGGAAUUGUAGACACUACGGGAAAAAUAUUAGGCGAGGCAAUAAACUCGCAGCAUGUCACUCACUUAAAGUAUGGCUAUUGCAUUGUCAGUACUUAUCGUAACGUAAAGUAAAAAUGUCGUUCGUUAAUCAUAAUAAAGUUAUGAUGCGGUAAAAGAUGACAGGUUCGAAGUUAUACAAUUUGUCAUUGACUGUGUAUAGACAUGGUGGCAUAAUACCUACAAUUGCUAGUGAAAUUCAUAGACAACAUAUUACCACAGUCUGUGAAAAUGCAUUAAGAUCAGCUGAUCUAAGAUUAAGGGAUGUAGAUGCUGUUGCAACCACAACAAUGCCAGGCCUUCUCAAUUCGCUUAACGUUGGAAAUACCUUUGGCAAGUAUCUUUCUAGGGUUGGUAACAAACCAUAUAUACCAAUACAUCACAUGGAAGCUCAUGCAUUAACUGUAAGGAUGACAGAGAAGGUAAACUUUCCUUAUUUAGUUUUGUUAAUAUCAGGCGGCCAUAGUUUACUGGCCAUAGUUGAUAGUGUUGAUAAAUUUUAUACACUGGGUACUACAUUGGAUAAUGCACUUGGUGAAGUUCUUGAUAAGAUUGCACGCAGACUGAAGCUCAUUAAUAUACCAGAGUUCUCACAUAUGAGUGGUGGUCAAGCGAUAGAGAAUGCAGCGACUAAAGCGACUGAUCCAAAAAAAUUCGAGUUUUCAUCUUACUUGACGAGAAAGAGAGACUGUCAAUUUAGUUUUGGGGCUAUUUGGAGUACUGCUCUCGAAUACAUCACCAACCAAGAGAAAGAGUUGCAGAUUGAUGCGAGUAAGAUAAUUCCUGAUGCAUAUAAUCUCUGCGCCUCGCUACAAUGGUGCAUUGCGAGGCACAUAUGUCUUCGAACGCAAAGGGCAAUGCAAUUUAUUGAUGAAAUGAAUUUGAUACCACAGGAGAAGCGAACCUUAGUAAUAUCUGGCGGGGUAGCUUGCAAUAAUUUUUUCGCAAGAGCUUUGGAAAUUGUUUGCUCGGAAAAAGGGUUCCAAUUCGUCCGAACUCCACCUCGAUUAUGCAACGAUAACGGCGUAAUGAUAGCGUGGAACGGCGUAGAACGAUGGAUAGCAAAUGCAGGUGUCAUUCGGGAUAGAAAUGAAAUUGAGACGGUGACCAUCGAGAAAAAGAUGCCGCUCGGGGAAAAUUGGAUAGAAAAAGUGCGAGAUGCGAACAUAAAGUGUAAGCUGGUAAAAUUAAAUGUCUUAUCAACAUACUAAA